AUGCUCGUCCUCCCCCUCGCCUUUUGCAAACCCAUUCCCAUUCCCAUCUUUCGCUGCGCUGGUGCCCAACACAUCCACACCCACAUCACCAUCGACACCCACUCCCUGCAAUUAUCCCCCAUACCCCCAUCCGCGCACCUGCACCGCUAUAGUUCCCAUGCGCUGGUGCUGCAACUGUCGAUGUUACAGCCACUUGAGUACCUGGGGUCUAUUGCCACCGCGCGAGGCAGACCUGUGUGGCUUGUGCGAGACGGCGUACUCUACGGGCUGCGUGGAUAG